GGUGUAGCCAAACAAGGAAGACAUGAAUCUACUGUUUACAUGGGAAGUUUGAUUUAACGUGUAGGUAGGCUACUAAGAGAAAUUAUGAUUAAUUGUUUAUUGCUCUCGCGUAUUAUGCUUUAUUUUUUGAUAAUUUACAGACCUGGUUGUUGAAACAUGAUACUGAUAUUGGGACAAUAUGUCAAUUUUGCGGUAAUCUUCUUUGUCGGUCAUUCUGGCUACCACGCAAGAUUAUCAACAUAACAAUAAGUUGGCUAAUGUAUAUCACAUAGAAAUAAUUCCUCGAGCCCUUUAUAGUGUAUAUAUCUUCAGACAUGGACUGGCUAUCUUGGUAAUAAGAAGGAAAAUAUCACUGUUUAAUUCACCUCGAGUGCGGUCGUCCCAUUCAUUGUAAGGUUCAUUGCCAACAUUAGCCAGCUAACAUUAGCUAUACGCCUUACAUUAAAUUAACGUGGUAAGAUAUGACAUCGACGGAGCGGAGUACCUGGCUGUUGACCGGCGCCACGGUCGCCUGCGUGGCGGCGCUUUAUCUGCCGUGCGUACAGAGGACUGUCCCCGGAGGAGAUUCAGGAGAGCUGAUCACCGCUGCUUGUGAGCUGGGGGUGGCCCAUCCCCCAGGCUACCCCCUGUUCACCCUCCUGUCACACUUGGCUCUGGUCCUGCUGCCCUUCCAGUCCGCAGCCUACAGCGUCAACCUGUUGGGUGGCCUGUUGGGGGCGCUGGCGAGCGGGACGCUCUGCUUCACUGUCUGCAGGAUGGGCGGGGCCGGGCCGGGGGCGGUCCUUGCCGGGGCGGGGUUUGCCGUGUCCAGGCUGGUCUGGCAGUGGUCCGUGGUUGCCGAGGUCUUCUCCCUUAACAACCUCUUUGUAGGGCUGCUCUUCUCCCUGGCUGCCUGUUUCCACCACGCUGACAGCGCCCCCCAGAGGAGGAAGUUUGCCCAGUGGGGGGCGCUGUGCUGUAGCUUGGGCCUGUGUAACCAGCACACGCUGGUGCUGUACGUAGCAGUCAUCGUCCCGUGGGUCCUGCUGCGUCUCCACUCCCAGCAGGAGCUGUCACUGCGGCUCCUGGCUGUGCUGGGGCUGUGCUUCCUAGGAGGGUUCCUGCCCUACGCCUACCUGCCCGUGUCCUCCUCCCUGAACUGGGCGCGCUGGAGCUGGGGGGACCAGACCUCCCUCCCCGGCCUGCUCACCCACCUACUGAGGGCGGAGUACGGGACCUUCAGCCUGGCUAAGACGGAGAGGACGGUGAGCCUGGCCGCGAUGCUGCAGGCUCAGCUGGACCACUGUGUGGCUGACCUGUCUCUUCCUGUCCUCAUUCUUGCUGGCGUUGCCUGCUUCCUGUCCAUCAGUGACAGGAGGCGCUGUGUCCUGCCCUGGCUGCUGGUAAGCAUGCUGCUCCUGUAUUCACUGUUCUUCGCCUGGAGGGCCAACCUGGACAUCAAUAAGCCCCUCCUCCUGGGCGUGGUGGAGCGGUUCUGGUUGCAGAGCGAUGCAGCCCUGUGUGUUCUGGCGGGACUGGGCCUGAGCGGCCUGCAGGGGGCGCUGGAGCAGUGGCUGGGCAGGGGGGCUCUGUGGAGCGCUGGGGGCUGGGCCCUCACCGCCAUGCUGGUGGCACACCUGGCGCACUCCAACCACAGGGACUGUGAUCUGAGCCGCAGUGACGUGGUGGAGAGGUUCGCCAGGGGCGUUCUGGACUCCGUCCCCCAGAAUUCCAUGGUUCUGACUCGGGGAGACCUGCCGGGGAACACCCUGCGCUACCUGCACUACUGUCAGGGGCUGCGGCCCGACGUGAGCCUCGUCGACCAGGAGAUGAUGACGUACCCCUGGUAUGUGCCGAAGCUGGGGCAGCACCUCAGCGGGGUGCACUUCCCAGGCCUCCUGUGGGACCCUCUGCCAUCGGAGGAGAAGAACACGUUCAGUCUAGAGCAGUUCCUGGCCCACAACCCACAGAGGCCCGUCUUCGCCUGCAUCGGGCUGCCGGAGGGAGACCCCAGCUGGCAGAGGAGCUUCUCCCGCUGGCCCUGGGGCGUCUGCGAUCAGCUGGUGCCGGUCCAGACCCGCUUCCACCCGGAGGAGUGGGCCCAGCGCACCCGGGACCUGUACAACUGGACCGAGCCACACGACGGCUUCCAUCCCGGGUCCUGGGAGAGGGUGGCGAACGAGGAGAUGUGGCAGGCCAGGAUGAAGACGGCCUUCUUCCUGUACGACCUGGCGGAGCGCGUGGAGGGAGAGGCCAAGGCGCAGCUCUUCGAUGUGUCCUACACUCUGUAUAAGGAAAUAGUGGAGAAGCACAAGGACCACCCCUCUAACUGGGACAAGAACAUGGCUCUGGCCAGUGAGAGGCUGCUGAGGGCAGGUGGGCGGGGCCAUAGUCAGGACAGCCUCCUGAGCCAGAGCAUCAAAUACUUCAGACUGUACCUGGACAGGGAGCCCACGGACCCCCAGGCCGAAGCAAUCCGCGGUGCCAUCUCACACCUGCUCAAAGAGAGGCGGAGACUCAGAGAGAGACACGCCCCCUGAGGGUGGGACAGGACUUUGGGAACCUGGGCUGGCUUCUCUUGAUGGGUAGGAGGAGCCAUGAAAACUUUGUUAUUCAAGUGGAUAGUUCAGGUUUGAGGUGAGAGAGGUUGGUGCCUUCAGACCUGAGAAAUAACAAGCCACUUACUAGAGCCUACUCAAGGGGGAGAGUAGGACCACGAGGUCCUGUGGGUGAAUAGGGCUGGGAGAGAGUUGGAGAUGCACUGUUUUACUUGACUGAGAUGAACCAAGCGAAUGUGAAGAACUGCUGUUUCUGUGGGUGGCUAAAAUAAAGAUUUUUGAAGAA